CUCAGUCACAUCCAAGUGAAAUAUCUGAUAGCCAAUCAUGUAUAAAGUCAAGACAAAUUUUUGGUUUCCUAGGAUUUCUUGGAUUUGCUUUAGUUUAUGCAAUGAGAGUAAAUUUAUCUGUGGCAAUUGUAUCUAUGGUGAAUCAAUCAGCAAUUCCUCAUUCGGAUAAUGAAAGUGGUGUCGAUGCAUGCCCAAAAAUAAAUCCAGUGAAUACAACAUUUGUUCCAAGUGCAGGUGAAUUUGCUUGGGAUGAAAAGACACAGGGUAUUAUACUUGGUGCAUUUUUCUUAGGAUAUGUCAUAACUAAUGUACCAGGAGGUAGAGUAGCAGAAAAAAUAGGUGGAAAAUUAGUUUAUGGAUUAGGAGUAUUUUUAACUUCUCUUCUCACUGUCAUAAGCCCCUUUGCAGCUUAUUGGGGUUUGUACCCAUUUUUAGUUAUUCGCGUUGCUGAAGGAUUCACAGAGGGAGUUACUUUUCCAGCGAUGCAUAGUAUGUUGGCACAUUGGGUACCACCAUUAGAAAGAAGUAAAUUUGCUGCUUUAGUUUAUGCAGGAUCAAAUUUUGAACAUCCACGAAUUGAUCCUCAAGAAAAGCUAUACAUAGAAUCAUUAGUGGAAACAAAGAACGAUGAUUACAAUAAUUCUGUGCCUUGGCUAUCAAUAUUUAAAUCUCUUCCAAUGUGGGCAAUAGCUAUUACUCAAUGUGGUCAGUCAUGGGCUUUUUACACCCUUCUGACAGAAUUGCCUACUUACAUGGACAGAAUUCUACACUUUGAUGUACAACAAGAUGCAUUCCUAUCAGCAUUACCAUAUUUAACAGCCUGGGUAAUCGGUUUGAUAAUAUCAAGUUUUGCUGAUGCUUUACUAGCUAGAAACAUUAUUACUCCACUAACUUCGUUUAAAUUAUGGAAUACAAUAGCUUCUCUAGGACCUAGUCUAAGUUUCUUAGGCGCUAUUUGGGCUGGAUGUGAUCGACUUACUGUGAUGCUAAUGUUAUCUGGUUUAAGUUCACUUUAUGGUGCUGUGUAUGCUGGUAAUCAAAUGAAUCAUAUUGUUCUCGCACCACGAUUUGCUGGAACUUUGUAUGGAAUAACAAAUGCCGCUGCUAAUACCUGUGGAUUUUUAGCGCCUUAUAUUAUUGGACAAAUCGUUAAUGGACAU